AAAAAAAGAGUCUGCAUUCAUCAGUAGCUCUGGGUAAACCACAACUUAAAGACAGUAAGCAGGUCAAUCAAAAUGAGGACAGUGUUUGCUAUAAAACCGACAGGUACUGUCAUUGACACACACAGACACACACAGGGAGACAAUAUCACAGGAGAGCUUCCUGCCUCAAGCAAGCAACCAGAGCAAAAUGACAAUGAAGAUGAUGAAUGACACAGCCAUGGUCAAGUCUCUGCUGCUGUUGAUUUUGGGGCUCACCCUCCUGAGGGAGGGGAUGGCUCGGAAAAAUCCCAAAGUGGAGGAUGCUACCCUCCUAAAGCCUGGGAAUUGUCCCCCUCUGGAGGACAACAGUGUGAGAGUUGACAUUCGCAUCCUCAGUCAAAACCACGGAGUUCCCAUCACACAUGACUUCCAGAACCGCUCCAUCUCCCCCUGGGAUUACAACAUCACCCGGGACCCCCAUCGGUUCCCCUCGGAGAUCGCAGAGGCACGAUGCAGGCACUCAGGCUGCAUCAACGCCCAGGGGGAGGAAGACAGCUCCAUGAACUCCGUUCCCAUCCAGCAAGAGUUCCUGGUUCUCCGGAGGGAGCCCCAGGGCUGCUCUCGAUCCUUCCGGCUGGAGAAGGUGUGGGUGACCGUUGGCUGCACCUGUGUCACCCCCAUCGUCCGCUAUGCAGCCUGAGAGCUGCCACCAAGUCAACUGAAGAUGCUACAGGAGUGCCAUACCUCACCCCAGUGCCCGGCCAUGAGUCUUGGUCCCCAAUUCCCCCCACUUCCUAGGACCCCCGAUAAGACACACAUGGAAUCCUCAGAGCUCUAUAUUAUAGGAUUGAUACUCUGGGUGCUUCAGAAUUCUUACAUAAGCCCAAGAGGUUCAUAAGUCCCAACCCCUGAAAAUGGAUGGCCCUUGGUCCAUUCACUCAAUGUUGUAUUAUGGCUGCCUUCUAGUCACCUGAUCACCCUGACCCAGUGCCAGUCCCUGGGAGCUCUGCUGGCAAAAUGGGCCUGUUUCAUGUAGAUGGAAAUGCUGAAAAUAUGAUCACAGUGUAUGGUAUAUGGAAGGGGUUGUGCAGGGUGGAGUGCGAUAGCAAGGAUGGGGCUAGGGAUCUGGCACAUAACUCUAGUAGAUAGUUGGCUGUAGAGGGUGAGAAGAGCUACUAGGCACUUAUAUUUGAAAGGAAAUUGUCCUUAUAUUUAUGACCUAAUGAUUAUAUAAAAUGCUAGAAGAAAAAUUAAU